ACACUUCUGUGCCAGUUUGUUGUUAGUUAUUAUUUUGCCUUAGCUUUAGUAGCCAAAAGUAAUAUAUACAAAAUAUAUAUAAAAAAAAUAAGAAAAUAAAAAGUGAAAUAAAAAAAAGGGCGCUCUGCUUUUAUAACAAAACAAAGUGAGAUUCAGUGGUUUCGCCCAUUUCGCGAGUGAUACCGUGCUUUCAACCGAGUCAUUGGUCAAUAGCCAACGUAUAUCUUACGGAGACAUUUCACAAGAAUUUGUAAUAAAGGAGAUCAUCGAUACAUCGAGGUGUUAAUUGAUAAAAACUGGCUUAACAAUAACCCAGAAUAUUUACGCUCUAAUAAAGAAAUUACGAGCAUUGCAAGUAAAGAGAGCGAAUACUCAAGCACCGAAAGCAAAAGCCUUACUUGGCCCACGUACUUAAAGCAGAAAAUAGCCGGACAAAUAGCGCAUCAUUAAAUAACUAAAGCAAUUCUUAGAGAAUAAACUACGAGUGAUUAUACUGGUUGUCGCACUCUAGAUAUUAGUGAACAAUAAACACAAACAAAAAAAAGCAAAAACAAGUCGAAAGCAAUUACGCAUAACUCCAAAGGAUAUAUCUUAGGCCGAGGUAGUGAAUAAAAAACCGUCAAAAUUCUUCCCUUCGCAAAUUUUAAAAUACAACCACAACCAAUGCACAAGAUGGCCGCACCGACCGGAGCAGCGCCGACGGCAGGACUCGAGGCCCCCCUAUCCGCACCGAAAUAUGGUACGCUUAUACCAAACAGAAUUUUCGUUGGCGGCAUAAGUGGGGACACAACGGAGUCGGAUUUAUGCCGUGUAUUUUCCGCCUACGGCAAUGUAAAGUCUACAAAGAUUAUCGUCGAUCGUGCUGGAGUUAGCAAGGGCUAUGGUUUCGUCACUUUCGAGACAGAACAGGAGGCUCAAAGGCUACAGACGGAUGGUGAAUGUGUCGUGCUAAGGGAUCGAAAACUGAACAUUGCUCCUGCAAUCAAAAAACAAUCGAUCGUUGCAACGAAUGGUGCUGUAUAUUAUACAACAACACCACCAGCCCCGAUUAGUAAUAUGCCUAUUGAUCAAUUCGCCGCUACAGUUUAUCCGCCAGUUACUGAUUUUACAGCAGCUGGCGUGCCAACACUUUACCCACCUUCAAUGCAAUAUCAACCAUUUUAUCAGUACUAUAGCGUGCCAAUGGUCAGUGCGGCGAAUGUACCCACCAUUUGGCCACAGAAUUAUCAAGGUAUUUACCCAUGUUAAUUUUGAGGGUACUAACGACAGCAUCCAUAACCACAACUAUGAUCACACGACUACAAUAACAACAACAACAACAGCAACAUUGAUGCUACUACAUUUUAUGCGUAUAAAUAUUUGUAAUUUGAUUAAUAUUUGAUGCUUGUGGCAGCAAAUAGAUUCACAAAUAGAAACAAAAUGUAUGAGACACAACAACAAAGACACAACUUUACAACAAUAGCUUCCUUUAUUACUACUACAAAUACAACAAUAUCUACGAGUUCGAAGACAGUGUGACUAAAGAGAAAUAAUGCAAAAACAAAAAAAACUUAAAAAAGCGACAUAAAACAAUAAUUUAUUUGCGACAAAAAAGGAAAUUGUUGGCUUUUUAAAUGUAAGAUGGUGCAGUCGUCAUACUGUUACACAAUGCAUUAUGACGGUAUGAUGCGAAAUAGCACUAACAGCGGCAAGAGUCAAGAGUCAAGAGUCAAGAAGCAAGAGUCAAAAGAGUUGGAGGUCAUGUCCAGGCGAGAAUGUUAUCAAAGGCUGCUUUAGUCAUUAAAUAACUCAACGUAAAACAUGGACUGAAAUGGGGCCGCCGUUUAUUUAGAGAAUGAUUUAUCAAUACGCGCACAUACACAUGAAUACACACUUAACAUAACAUACCUUUAGAACACUACACGUACUCUUAUAUGUGUAUACAUAUUAACAUGAAAACGUACAGUUUAGAUUUAACAGUAAAGCAAGAAAAAAUUCAAAAAAAAAUAUAUAUAUAUAUGAAGGAUUGUUUAAGAAGAACAAAAACGAAGGAAAAUACGAUGAUGAUGGAAAAACAACUAAAUUUUAAACCCAGUGAAACUAUGUAGUCUUGCGAAAUGCUACAAUCGUAUGUAUGUUUAUCGAAAGAUAUUUAACUGUUAUAGUACGUACAGCGCCAGUAAUUGUUUAUUGUUUUCGAAAACAAGGUACGUUUCUGUUGAUAUUUUCGAAUUUCGAAAAAAUACAAAUACCAAAACGGUUUUGCCGUACCAUAACGAACCGUAGUUAGAUAUAGAGAAAGCAGAGAAAGACAAGUUGGCACGUUUGUAGUUUGUAGGGAAAAUUUGGAGGAAUGGAAAUAUGAAUAAAAAAUAAACUUGUUAUAAUGCGAAGCAACAACAAAAACCUAAAUUAUAAUUGAAUAAGAAAGAAAUAUAUUAUUUAUUGAUUUCAAUUAUUACUAUAAUAAAUAUUAUACACAACUCUAUAUUGAUAAUGACAAAAAGUAUAUAUUAAUACUAUUAUAUACUUAUAUAAAAUAUAUAUCUAUAUAUAUAUAUACAUUAGACAAAUUAUAUUUAAAGAAUUUAAGAUAAGAUACGACGAAUUAAAAACACCGGCUGGACCUGUGAACCGGCAAAACCGAAAGCUGAACAUUUAAAAAAAAGAAAACAAUUUUGAACACAAAAAAUUAUUAGUAUAAAAUUGUAUUGAAAUAAGAAAUGAAUUAACGAAGAAUCGAUCUUCAGAACAAACAACAUAAAGAUAUUGAACUUAAGACAGGAUUUAAAACUGUAAACAAAAAACUUAGAACAUCAUAAAAUAGUAUUUAAAAAUCAAUAAAAGAAAAAUGCAAUUAGCUCUUCUAAAAAUCAUAAAUUGACUUAAGUAAUAUAUUCUAGAACGAAAAAAAAACAAUAAAAUCGAAGAAACUAAGUUAUCGUAUUCAUAUGUAUAAGCAUAUAGGCAAAGCAUCUGAGUAGAAUUAUACACACAAUAUUAUAAAGAAAUAUAACAAUGAGAACAUAAAUACAUACAUAUAUGCUUAAUAUAUUUAUUGUAUAUAUGUAUAUGCAUAUAUAUAUAUGAAUGUAUAUGCGUAUGUGUAUAUGUAGAUAUAUAUGUAUAUACAAUACAUAUUUUAGGUAUGCAAAAUACGCGCAUAAAUAUGAAUAAUUAUUAAAAUAAUAUACAACGCAUAUUCAAAUAUUAAUAAAUGAGAUAACCUAUAAAUGUAGAUGAAUAAACAAAUAAAUACUUAUAUUAAAAUAUAUUAAAACAGAAAAGAAGCGUAGAUAUUAACACCACAACAAACAAAAUAAGCAAUAUAAACAACAAACGCAAAUGGAUACAUUGCAAUGAGCGAUUACAUUUUUAUUGUUAAGUAUUUAAUAACUAAACAUUCAAAGGUAAUCAAACAAAACUAUGAACACUAUGAACUAACGAUUUGAAUUUUAAUCGGUCACCGAUAACAAGCAAUAUGAUUUUAAAAUAAAAUAAAAUAAAAAGACAAUAUAAGCAAAAUAAAUGCUCAUCACAAAAGAGAAAAGUCAACUGACCACCUAAAAAUAAAAAUAAAAGCUUUUCCCAAAGGAACGCUUUUUUAUUUUUAAACCAAAUGAAAAUGAAAAUAAAAAACUGAACUUUGGAAUUCAAAUAGAACUCGUGGCAUAUGCAAAAUUAAAUUUUAGUGUUAUUUUACAACUUCCUACUACAACUUAGUCACAUACUAGUUUUUGAAGAGGUGAAGGCUAUUGCUGUUACCUGAAAACGUACGCAAGUGUAAUGUAAAACAAGGCAGAGCUGUUGAGUUUUAUCAAUGUUUGCAUUGAAAUUCUAAUUUGACUUAUAGGAAUUGAAAUCAAACGUCAAGUCAUAUAAACCAUAAGUACUUUUUUUUAUUGGUAAUUUUUCUUUAGAAAAGCAGAAAAAAUUGCCCUCUAUGCAAACAUACAUACGCAUAUUACAGAAAGAAUAAUAUUUUUGAAAAAUCAUAAGUCCUAAAGUGAGAGUGCGUUUAUUUCACUGCUGUAAAAAGCUUUGAAAAUAUUUUUAUGAGAUUUUUUAAUUUUUGCUAAAAAUCAAGUGGGCUUCGUGGUAAACUUAACGAUAUUUGGCUCCCUUGCGGCGCAUCAUUUUUUGAAAUGUAUCAAUGUAUCCCUAAGUAAAGGACCAAAUGCUCACAUAAGACUUUCGUGAAAGUAUUCUUAGAAUUUUAAUGCGAAAAUCUCAUCGAGAUUUAUGACUUCCGUUUUUGCCCCACACCUUGCCACUUUGGCUCAUCUGAUCAUAUGAAACGGUUUUUCAAAUUGCAUGUAUAUUGUGUGUUCGUGACGUUUCGUUUUUGUGGACAUCAUAAAACUUACCGAAAAGUCAUUUCCGAAAGGAUGCUGUAAUAAGCUGAUGAAUUUUUCUAAAAAUAGAAAAUGAUCACACAACCAUUUAAUUUUAGAAAUCAAUUAAAAUUACAAAUUUUUGCUAGUUAGAGCUUAACCUACAAGCAAAAAGUUAAGAAUCCUAAGUACCAGAACUGUGGGCUACCCGUAAUGGCGUAAGAGCUCAUACAAGAGAAAACAAUUAAUUAAUUUUAUACUCUUAAACUCUAUAAUUAAAUUAAACUACAAAAAAAACGGAAACGUGGUUUGUGGAAAUAUUUGUUGCAUUGACCGAUGCUGUGUAUUUUUUCAGUACAAACAAUAAGCAACAGAUGAAUUUCAAUGUCAUAACAGCAUAAAAUAACUUCUAAAAAAACUCUCGGAGAAAACUAGCCUUGGUCGCUAAUAAUUCCGAGUCCUAAGUAAAUAAAUAAAAAUUCACUACUCUCACUUGAUUUGUAUUAUGUCCACUUCGUUUGAGGCUUUAUAAAGAAUAUAAGGAAAAUCAUAUUGACAUUGUUUACCCUACCAUUAACAAAUUGUAACUAAACAUUGUGAAAAGUCAAAAAACCAAAAGAGCGUAAAACUCUUUCUAAUGAUGCCCACACUCACCGACGUUGUCGUAGUCCCUGUCUGUUGUCCGUACGAUACACAAAAUUGAGCAAAGCUUUUGCCAAUAGAAAAUAGCUGCUUUCGUUGGGUUACAUAUUUACACCAUACAUCGGUUUGUGUGGGUUUGUGUUUGGUUGUAUCGACAUAUUGUUGCCAUUGAUAUUUUUGCAUACUUUUAAACACAUUCACAUUAUGAGUUACAAUUUUUCAUUGUGUAAUAAACCAAAGCCAAAAACCAACAAAUGAAAAUAGUUAAUUUAACCAAUUAACAACAACAUUGUUCAACAUUGUUUCUAAGUUAUUGUAAUAGAAUUAAAAUUUUCCUAAGUUUAUUUUGUAAAUGAUUUCGAAAUGUACUGUCUGUUUGGCAACACUGUGUGGUGAGAGAGCAAUCAACUGACGCGUUAUUGCGGAACAAUCCAAAAUUUUUCAUUUACGCACGUACACUAUCUACGAUACUACGUAACGGAACGAUGGUGAGUUUUCAUUUACAUGGGGCUCUCAUUCGUUUAUUCGUGUCAGCUGACACGGAACGUACGUUUACGUUGGUGAGUGUGAGCACCAUAACCCUUAGCGUUUGCUAAUCUCUUCAAAUUUCAGUUACAUGUCCUAUAGAGGUUUUUAAAAACUCCAGCAGCUCUGGCGAUUUUUAUACUUUUUUUUUGUCUUUUAUAGUCCUCUACCAUCAUGUAUUACAAGCCAACGAACUUUGGAGACAGUUGGCUGGUUUUGUUCGACGCUCUCGCUCUGACAAGAGCAACAAAUCUAAAUAAAAAUAAGUAGAUGCCAGAGUAUUCAUUUGCCAACUUAGUAAAUUAGAAGAAAAACGCUAAAAGCUUCGACUGCGAUUUGCAUACUUUCAUAGAUAGUCCACUGUCCAUUUUCAUACUAUUUUGCAGUUCUGGUACACGCUUUUCUUUUACAUUUAUAAAUACCAUUUAGUUUCCGAAGAUCGCGCAUGAAUAUAGUAAUUAUUAUUAUUUUUAUUUUGUUUUGUUUUUUACAUUGGGGUGUGAUAGACAUUAUGCAUAGUCAUUAGUGCAAGAUGCAACAUGCAUUUGUAUGAACAAUUCAAUUUUAAACACUUUACCGAGUCAUAACUUUUGAACGCAUAAACUUAUGUAAACAUUAGCUAAUGGAAAGAUUUUAAAGUGCAAUUCUGGUAGGCGAUUCAAGCGGCGGCUACAUAAUAUCAAUUGCUUAAUGAUCAAUAAAUCAGAGGUUUCAAAAUACCUGUGGCGUACCUAAAGAUGCGUUAAAAAAACAAUCAUGCUUCAUAAAAAUCAUUCAUGUUGAAAUCAUUAUUGAUCUGGUUAACACACUCCAAUGUUGUAUGUAUGUAUUUGAAUAUGUCUACCCACAAAAAGCCAAAAGAAAAGAUUACGCAAUGUAAAAUGAAUACAAAUUAAGCAAUUUAGUUAUUGAAAAAGUCUAUUGUUGAAUUAUGUUUGUUAUAUGCGUCAUAUGCGUGAUCCAAAAAUAAUAUUGAAAUUUGUUGUAAACCCAAAAUGCAUAAAUACAUAUUUUGUGAAAAUGUGCAUGAUCAUAAUCUCAUAUAAAUUAAUAUGAAAUAUUUAAUUUGUUAUAACAAUGAAAUAAUAAAAAAUGAACUGUAAACGAAUAAGUAAAUCAAAGCAAUAAGUAAAAAAAAUCUUAGUCUUAGUUUACUUUUUAGCAGAAAAGGUUGUAGUGGAAAGUGCAAGUGAAGCAAAUACCACUUGUAGCGAGUGUAAGCGUGAGCGGAACAGAAAUUAAAAUUGAAAUUGAAAUAAAAGCGGCAGCAACAAUUGAUACUACA